AGGUGCUUUGCCCAUCCCCCCUGCCAUGUGGGAACUGCGGUCUGCCUCCUUCUGGAGGGCCAUAUUUGCCGAGUUCUUUGCUACCCUCUUCUACGUCUUCUUUGGGCUGGGGGCCUCACUACGUUGGACCCCUGGACCCCUGCAUGUCCUGCAGGUGGCCCUGGCUUUUGGUCUGGCCCUGGCUACACUGGUGCAAGCAGUGGGCCACAUUAGUGGAGCCCAUGUCAAUCCUGCAGUCACUUUUGCCUUCCUUGUGGGCUCCCAGAUGUCCCUGCUCCGCGCCUUCUGCUAUAUGGCAGCCCAACUCCUGGGAGCCGUGGCUGGGGCCGCUGUGCUGUAUAGUGUCACCCCACCUGCUGUCCGAGGAAACCUAGCGCUCAACACGCUGCACCCUGGGGUGAGUGUGAGCCAGGCCACCACAGUGGAGAUCUUCCUGACGCUCCAGUUCGUGCUCUGCAUCUUUGCCACAUACGACGAGAGGCGAAAUGGCCGCCUGGGCUCCGUGGCCCUGGCCGUUGGCUUCUCCCUCACUCUGGGGCACCUCUUUGGGAUGUAUUAUACUGGUGCAGGCAUGAAUCCUGCCCGUUCCUUUGCUCCUGCCAUUCUCACCAGGAACUUCACCAACCACUGGGUAUACUGGGUGGGCCCGAUCAUUGGAGGGGGUCUGGGCAGCCUUCUCUACGACUUUCUUCUCUUCCCCCGGCUCAAGAGUGUUUCUGAGAGACUGUCUAUCCUCAAGGGUGUCAGACCCAGUGACUCCAAUGGACAACCAGAGGGCACAGGGGAACCUGUUGAACUGAAGACCCAGGCUCUGUAAAAGCUCCAGAUGGAGUGAGGGAGUAGAAAGCUUCUGGGUUUCUGUGGAGGGGCUGAGACAGCCCCUAGUUGAAGAAAAAAACUGUGGGGAGGGGCAUGUACUUCUUUAUUUUUUAACUUAUGUGUGUUUUUUUUUUCUUUUGCUGUGUGAAAUCUUUCAAGUUGCAUUCA